GGCGGCGACGGCGGCGGGGACUGCAUUAGCGAGCUCCCCGAAGACGUCCUCCGCCUCAUCCUCCUCCGACUCCCCUCCGCUGCGGCGGCCGCGCGGACCAGCGUCCUCUCCCGCGGCUGGCGCAGCCUCUGGUCCACCCUCCCGGAGCUACGGUUCCCCGGCGUCACCGACCUCGCCCGCGUCGCCGCCGCGCUCCGCCUACACGACGCCCCGGUCCUCCUCCGCCUGCACGUGGCUACCGGAAGCUCUUCCCCGCGUGAGAUUUCCGCCGUCCUCGCCAUGGCCGCGCCCCGCCUCGCGGGUGAGCUCCUGUUCGACGUCAGUACGACGCCGGGUCAUCGGGAUUGGAUGGACGCCGCCGCGGACCAAAAUUCGGCGACGGCUGUGGCGGCGGAUGGAAUUGGUGGCGCGUCUGAGAUCCCCAGCUUUCCGAAGGCCACCGAGAUCACCAUCAGCCUACGCGACCUUUGCAUCCGCCUGCCAACAUCCGGCGUCUUCCAGAAGCUCACCGCGCUGCGCUUGAACGACGUCCGUUUCGAAAGCGCGUGCGAUAUCGGCGACGUCGUCUCGUCGGAGCGGUGCCCGUCGCUGCAAGAGCUCCGUCUCUGCAGAGCCAACGGGGUGUCAAAUCUCGCCAUCCGCUCGGAGUCUCUCCUCCGUGUUGAUCUCUCUGAACUGGGAAAGCUGCAGGAGCUCACGAUUUUUGCUCCUGUGCUUAGAGAACUAGGCGUGUCGCAUUGCUUCAACCUGAUCACACCAGCAGCUGAAAUCUCUGCUCCAGCGCUGGAGACACUUCGGUGGAUUGAUAUGUGCAACCGGAGCACGGUCCGCUUCGGUGCGGUGUCACGCCUUCAGAGACUCUCUGCCAUUGGUAUGGUGUAUGGACAAGCAAGUGUUCAUGAUUGGCAUUCUCUGCAACUGCUGAAAUCUUUCAGAGCAGUUCCCGAUGUUCAGCUCGUUCUCAACUAUCCAUAUAGCAUGCUUGAGUGCAACUUCUUGAUGGACGCCGUGAAUAUGCCACCUGCUGUUAAGAUCUUAUCCCUGAGGUUAUCAACAAGAGGGCAUAACUUUGGGCCAUGUGUAUUCCAAUUACUUAGGAUGUCUACUGGUAUAAAAGAGCUGAAUCUGGAGUUAACUGAGCAUCUGCAGGCACAAGUUCCUUGCUCAUCUGGCUGCAUCUGUCACAAGCCGCAGGACUGGGAAACCAAGGAUAUCCUCUUGUGUUUUCUCCAGAAAGUUGAAAUCAGAAUGUUGAGUGGAGCACAGUCUGAAAUAUGUUUUGUGAAGCAACUGUUGAGAUGGGCGCCAGCGCUCAAGAUGAUUACUGUAAGUUUUGGCCCUUCAGUAAAUGUCAGUGAGGAAGCGUGCCACGAGAUACUUAGCUGCACCAAACCAGAUAUCUGCAUGGAAAUCUACUUGUACUGCAAUAGGGCCAAGGUGAUGCAUAGAGCAGUGAACCGGAAGAGACCUAGAGAUGAUUAACUGCACAUUGAAAUGGCGACCAGGAGCUCAUGAUGCUCUUCUCUCAUGCUACAAGGAUUGUUGUGUCCUUGAGCGUGGUUGAAUGCACUUGCAACUAAUGCCCCAAACUGUGUGAAGUGUAAACGUUUCUAACAUACUACAUUGGAUGUUUUCAAGCAGCAGGUGAAAAUUCUUCGAUUCAAAUAUGAAACUGGUUCAACCAAAAGGUUCAAAUGUCGAGUUGGUAAGUUUUCUAUCCUUGCAACACCAUUC